AUGCCCAGGUUACGGUGGGCGCCCCUAAUAUCCGCAGGGAUUUUACUAUUCCUGUCAGCAGCUGGUAAGUUCCUAAUUUUGAUUUUUAAACCAAUUUUAACAUUCCUUUCUCACGGUGCAGUUUGGUUUACAAGUUUUUACCAUCCUAAUCCCAGAUCUGACAUUCAUUCUUUUUUUUACGAUUACGUCGUGGAUUGUAAAAACAACCAUAAAGUCAGUGAAGUGUAAAUCCCUUCCAGAUGUAAUCGUCAAAUUAAUUUCUCUCGUGUAAAACUCGCUUUCUCCUUGGGGUUUCGCGAUAAGGUCGAAAAGAGGAUUGAGGUUUUCUCGCGGGAACGGGUUUCCUUCAGCGGGUUUGCGGAAGGUCAAACAUGACAAAUUUUGAAAUUAUCGCCGGGGCUUCUAGGUAUUUUUGUCAAAUAAACUUAUGGAAAAACCUACUGAGCUAUAGUCAGAACUUAUUUUACGUUCACUCUCGCAAUAAAUUUUUUGAUUUAUUAUUAGAAGUGUACUGCAAACCAUGAGCUAAAGAAAUCUGAAUAGCUGUAGCACAGAAGCGUUAAAAGCAUUUUAAAACCUAAAUUUCAGUUCUCGCUGACUCAAAUGACCUGGAGGAAGAGUUUACCGCCGAUGCCACACCUCUUCCAUUCAAGGCAAUAAGUGAAAGUGAAAGCGAAUCAAUCAGUGAAGAAGAGUCGACAGUUGUUGUGCAAUCCACAACUGUACAACCUACAACAACUACCAAGGCAACGACAACUACCACAACGACAAAAAGGACGACUACGACCAUUAAGACCACGACCGGUGGAAGCUCGUCAUCCGAGGAGUCCUCAACUCAGCCAUCCAAUGAGGAGAGGGAAAAGGGUUUUAUCAAAACAACCGAGGCUCCGGGGGUUUGUGCUGACAAACACGACCUCUGCAAGUUCUGGUCGUCGAUUGGAGAGUGCGAAUCGAACAAGGAUUGGAUGUCGACCAAUUGCAAGAUCUCCUGCGAUAAGUGCAAUGGUAAGGGAUUGUAAUUUUGAUAGACACAUAGUGUAAGAAUAGGAAGGAAAUAAAUAUUCGAAACACGACGGAGAACCGUCGGAUAUUGAUUUAAUCUAUUCAAAAUUAAAGGCAGAAAUGUCUAGAAAUAAUUUCAUAAAGUUUAAGGCUCAACCAUCUGCAUCGACCGACACCGUCUCUGCUCAUUCUGGGCAUCCAUGAAUGAAUGCGAGAGCAACAAAGUUUGGAUGUUGGUUCACUGCUCAAAGGCCUGUAAAUCCUGUAAAGGAGACGUCAUCAACACUCGGAAUGGGGAGUUCGAAAAAGAGGAUUGCACUUUCAUCGCCACCAACGAGGGUACGCAAAAUGCAACUUUUUUUUUAUUUUGCCGUCAGCAACAAUACUGUAUUUUAAAUGUUUUCUCAUUUCAGACACGACUUUUAGACGGGCCCUUUCGAUUAAUGAUGUCCGUUCGAGCAACGCCAACUUCGGGUGUGUUCCGGAGCUGGGCCCCACGAACUGUAAAAGAAAUCUUUGUUUCCAUCUGCGUUUCCGGUCCUUUGAUGGGUCCUGUAACAAUCUGGAAGAGCCAAUGAAAGGCGCCGCGUUCAGGCCAUUGAGGCGUUUCAAGGACCCCAUCUACGACGACGAGGUGUCAGCGCCCGUCUGUAAGUCGGGGGUCAGAAAAGUUAUGGGAAAAGAGUUUGACAAGGCCUAGAAAAUAUAACUGAAUUUAAAUUAAAACCGAAAAAGGACAAGGAAAAAAAUAUUUUCAAAUCGAUUUUAGCCUCCCUCAACCGACUUCGACCCACAGCUCGAGAGGCAUCUAGAUUGAUGCUGUCAUCUAGCGCUGAGAUCAACGGAAAGUCAAACGCCCUUCUAAUGCAAUGGGGGCAAUUCAUGGCCCAUGAUAUGGCCAAGACCACCAUGUUGAACAACCAGGAGUGCGCCUCAUGCACUCCUCAGGGCGGCCGAUGCUUCUCUGUUUUGUUGAGUCGUUUUGAUCCAACGUAAGGCGGCUUUACAUGAUCUGCCAUAAGCGCAUUUCAUAGCAAGUUUAUUGUUUCUUUUAGCUUCGGCCGUUUCCAAUGCCUCCCGGUGGCUCGUUCCACGCCAGUUUGUGGCACCGGCCAAGAUCGUUUCCGUGAGCAAUACAACGAGAACACCGCUUUCAUUGACGGCUCAGCUGUCUAUGGCUCUUCGAAUCGAGAUCAGUUCCUCUUCCGUCAAGGUGGAUUCAUGAAAACGAACAUCAUCAAGGGCCGGGUCUUCCCUCCAGUGGAUGGAGCCCAAAAUGUGAUCGCCGGAGAUGAUCGUGCCAACAUUUUUGUGGGCCUUGCUGCUCUUCAUACGCUUUGGGUCAGAGAGCAUAAUCGAGUUGCAACGGUGCUGCAAGACCUCAAUGAGCAUUGGGAUCAGGACAGAAUCUUCCACGAGACCAGAAGAAUCAUCUCGGCGUUGAUUCAGAAGAUCACUUACGAUGAGUACUUGCCCAGAGUUCUUGGGAAACAAGGAUUCAAGAAGUUGGUGGGCAAGUACGAGGGCUAUAAUCCAAAGGCUACCCCGGAAAUCAACAAUGAAUUUACUGGAUGCGCCUUCAGAUUUGGGCAUGGGAUGAUUCAAGAGUUCUAUCCCUUCCUCGACGAGACUUACGACCAAGUUGGAGGGAUCCCUUUCAACGAGGGCAUGUUCAAAAGUAUCCAUAUUAUCAAUCAUGGAAUUGAUCCACUUGUGAGAGGUGAGUGAAACGCAAAACUUUAAAUGUAUAUCAGGCUUGAUGACUCUCCCAUCCAAAAUGCCUCAACGUCUGACUCCCGCCGUGACCGAGAGAAUCUUUGGAAAUUCUGAUUUGGGCUCGAUCAAUAUUCAAAGAGGUCGAGAUCACGGUAUUCCUGGCUAUGUUGAAUGGAGAAAGUUCUGUGGAAUGCCGGAAGUGAACUCAUUCGAUGACUUGAACACAACAAUCUCCAAUUCAGUCGUUCGUUCCAACUUGGAGACCUUGUACAAGGAUGUAAAGCUGAUUGAUAUGUACGUGGGUUCAUUGCUUGAAGACCCAAUGCCCGAUUCAUUAGUUGGCCCCACUCUGGGAUGCGUGAUCGGGAAGCAGUUCAAGAAUUUGAGGGAUGGAGAUCGGUAAGUUGACUAUUUUCUGAGCCGUCUUUGUCAGCUCCUGUCAGAAAUUUUAACAUCGCCUUAACAUCUUUGUAAUUCUCUCCAUUUCCAGAUUCUUUUGGGAAAACGAGCAAAUUCUUCGACCCGAUCAAAUCAAACAGAUCCGCAGAGUGACUAUGGCCCGCGUACUCUGUGAUUCCUCGGAUGGCAUGAAAUCAGUCCCUCGAAAAGCCUUCGACCAAGUGAAAGAACCAUCUCAGUUACUCGACUGUGAACUUGUCGAUGGUCCCAACUACCGUACCGCAUGGAAGGAGGAUCUCUCAGUGCUCUAA